AUGAGAAUAUUGUUUAUAUUUCUGCUGUUGGUAAAAUUAUCCCGUGCCCUGAGUAAAAGGGACAAUAGUAUUAUGAGCAACCUUGUUCGUUUGGUUCUAACACGUUCAAAGUUCAAUAAAACCAACAAUGAGGGGUCCAGAGUCACUCAAGCCCCUAUCAUAAAAAUGAACUUAGAGAAGACUAAAAUGCCACUUUUCUUGUAUCAUACACACAAACAACCUCAAGAUGAAAUAAGAUUGCAAAGGGCUAACGAACUUGAUAAUAGUAAUUCUAAGGAAGAUGAUUUGGGGAAGGUUAGUGGGAAAUUAGAAGAGAUGGAAAUUUUCCAAGUUAUACCUCUUAAGAUGUUCAAGGCACACCACUACACAGAGGAUGAGCUCAAGAAGAUGAACGAUAACGCUGAGUCUAGGGAGACUUACGAAUAUUUAUUCGUGGAAUCUCCUAAAUCCCAACAAACUUCUUCAUAAUCUUUAAUUUUUUAC